AAUCAGAUCGGAGAAUUCCGGCUCUUUUACAUCACCGUCUCUCUUUCUCUCUCACAGUUAAGUGUGUGAUCGAGUGCAUGCUUUAUUCGGGGAUGGCGAUCGCAACCGAGACUCAACAAGAACACGAGAAUUCUUCUGAGAACCCGGCAUCAGAGGAAAAGAGGUGGUGUAUCCUGGACUUUGAUAUUGGGAAGCCUCUCGGCAGAGGGAAAUUCGGACAUGUAUAUGUCGCUAGAGAGAAAAGGAGCAAACAAAUUGUGGCACUAAAGGUACUGUUCAAGGAGCAGCUAAAAGAAUCUCAGGUUGAGCAUCAGCUUCGUCGUGAAGUGGAGAUACAGAGCCACCUUCGACAUCCUAACAUAUUACGACUCUAUGGUUACUUUUACGAUCAGAAAAGAGUUUAUUUGAUUCUGGAAUACGCUGCUAAGGGAGAACUCUAUAAACAGCUAAGAGACUGCAAACAUUUCAGUGAAAGACGUGCUGCUACAUAUAUCUCAUCAUUAGCUAGGGCACUCAUAUAUUGCCAUGGGAAGCAUGUGAUACAUCGGGACAUCAAGCCGGAGAACCUUCUGGUUGGGGCACAGGGUGAAUUAAAAAUUGCAGAUUUUGGCUGGUCAGUGCACACGUUCAAUCGCAGGCGGACAAUGUGUGGAACUCUCGAUUAUCUUCCCCCUGAGAUGGUGGUGAGUGCGGAGCAUGACACAAACGUGGAUAUAUGGAGCCUCGGUGUACUGUGCUAUGAAUUUCUCUAUGGAGUUCCCCCUUUUGAAGCAAAGGAACAUACGGACACAUACAGAAGGAUUAUCCAGGUGGACUUAAAAUUUCCUCCACGACCAAUAAUCUCUUCAGCAGCAAAGGAUCUGAUAAGUCAGAUGCUGGUAAAGGAUUCUUCGCAACGCUUGCCUCUGCACAAACUACUCGAGCAUCCAUGGAUUGUGCAAAAUGCUGAUCCCUCUGGCAUUUAUAGAUGUUGAUGAGAAUGCCUCAACUUUCAACCAAAUGAAUAAAGGGUCAAUUAGAUAUGAUAUUGUAUUAUUGUCAAGAAAAUGAUUUUAUUGGAAACAUUGAUUGACCAACUGAUUGUAGUGCUUUCUAGUGUGAAAGUAGUUUUAUAUAUUAUUUUUACCCAUUUCCACAUUACUUGACUAUCCCAAUGUAGCUUACUGAUUUAUUGAACAACAAUAAACAAAUCAACAAUUUUCUAGUGGAAUACGAGAACUACCUUAUUGUGAG